AUGAGUGUGAAUAGUAAUAAAGUCUUGCAAGUGGUAUUUGGCUGGGAGGCGGUAGAUUUAAUAUUGAAAUGUUUAUUUAUCGGACUGUGGCAAUUAAUAAAGCUCUCAGUGAAAAGGUUAUGGAAAGGACAGCAAAAGAAAUCGUCUAAGGACUGUCCCGUGGUUGAAUUUACUGUGGACUCGUCUAUCGGUAUUCAUUGUUACAUUAAAAUCAAGGGUGUUAAAUAUCACUAUGUGGAAACUGGCCCUAAAUACGGCAAGCUAGUUUUAAUUCUCGGUGACGCCCCCGAUACUCGAAAUUUGUGGGUGCCGAGCUGGUCUUCUGUGGUAAGACGUCUUGCUGAGACCGGCCAUCAUGUAGUGACCCUGGACUUGAGAGGAACCGGCGCUAGUGAGGGUGGAUAUAGAAGUGAUCUGUCUCCUCCAAGAGCCGUGGAGGAAAUAACAGCAUUACUAGAAGCCCUUGGAGCAUCGGAACAGAACCCAGCCUUAAUGAUCGGCUUUGGAAUCGGUGGUAUGUUAACUUGGUAUGUAGUACAUUGUAAGGGAGUAUUGAUACACAAGUUUGCAGUCAUAUCGGCCCCACAUCCAAACCUCUAUUGGCAACAUCCACCAGCUGAAUUCUGUCGGCAAUCACUACACUUUAUGCAAUGGCCUUUAUUCCCGGAACGGUGGUUGGCUGAAGGGACUUUAAAAGAAGGUUCCAAAUGGACUAGUUCUAGGGCGAGGGAUUGGAGCGGCGCCCUCAACUAUGUCAGAGGUGCCGCUUGGUAUAGAAUACAUCCAGAUCAUAAGAUUACUUCCCGGGGACUUCUGAUUGGUUCCAAAGACAGUGCUUCUCAACUUGUUACCAGCGCACAGUACUGUAAUAAUCCGGCUCUCAGAAUGGUUAAAAAACCUGGCCCCGGAGAUGCUGAGGUUGCCGGGUUAAUUCUUGACUUCUUUGUCGGAAAGCAAAAAUUACCAGAAGAAGUUCCCAAAGGUUUAGUAGGUCGAGUCUUGGGUGCAGUGGCUGGCCGGGGAAGAGAACUCACUGCCCGUCUAGCAUUACCAGCCAACGCAUGA